AUGGCCAUCAUCAGUCCCAGUUCCUCAAGCAAGACGACAGAUCUAUUCAAGGAUGGAGAAAACAAGCAAGAUUCGACUCGCGCCCUUCCCAAACUCGAUCAAGCAAUGCUUUUCAAGCAGCUCAAGCCUCUUACCGUUCCUAUCAUCGGAAUGCUUCCGAUCAAAAAUCCUGCGCACUCGCUGCAACUUCUCCCAAUCAUCGCGUCGAUCAAGGCCAUUGUUCUCAACCACUCUCAGGCCGAACUGAUGACGCCCCCGAUGAUUCACUACAUAUUUUUUCCAAUCGAACAGAUCUAUCAUCAAGUCAACCUCGUAGCCUUGUCAGAAUCUUGCCUCAAUCAAGUCUUGGAACUAUCCUCUCUGCUGGUUCGAGCUGCCAAAUUACACGAGCCAAACGCGCUAUGGACCUCCAAGGAAACUUUGAUCAUCAACUGUAUCCUACCACUUCUCAUCCAAAACACUGGCUCUGACCAAUCAAAUGAAGAAAAGAAGCCCGAGCUAUGGAAACCUGCUCGAUCCGACGAGAGUACAAGCUUAGCACUGGACUUGAUCACCGCAAUUCUUUAUCCUCAUUGUCCGAAUGAAUCGAGGCCGUUGUUGAACUUGGAUAAUCUAUAUCAAAAUCAAACCAACAUACCAUCUUUAUCAGCCUAUCUCCUUCGGUUCCUAUUCCAGCACCUCGUCGAUAUCUUAGAUACCCUCUAUCGGAUUUACGCUAGCCCUAAACAAUCUCAACCCAGCUUGGACCGAGCCCGAAAUACUAUUCGGCUGAUCAGACUUGGUUUACUUCGAUUAUCAUCCUCCAACAUCUCAGCCGGCAAUGGGGUCGAUAUCCUCAGUACCUUCCUGCCUAGUAUCACCUCAAAGCUCACUCAACUGGCCUGCCUUCUAGCCCAAAGGCGUCAAUCUUCAGAGUUACUCAGCUUGAUUCUCCACACCAUUGAAUGGCUCUUGGUUGAAUGUUUGGAUGACGAACUACCCGAUCUUCAAGAAAUCCUUGCUGAUCGCCAAUUCCAUCCGGUCGAUUGCGAACCUGUUCCAGACCAGCAUUCUCAGUCUGAUGUCUAUGACCAAGUCCUCGAAAUCGCGUCAGAUUGGAAACUUGGUCGAUCACACUCAACUCCUACUCCAGCACAGGCUGUCACCAAGCCGUCUCCACCAGCGUCUAGCCACGAUACCGACAGUAAAGAAAUCCUCGUCAAACGAGAUCAAUCAUGGCUAAGGAUGACUUCUGCCAAAGUUUCUAUUGUCCUGCAGAGACUCUCUCCAUUUUUAGAAAAUCAUUCCAGUCCUAUUGUUCGCGAAGCUUGGGCGCACUUUUGCUCUCGUUUGAUAGAACGCACAAGCCUAGUAUUAAGAAUAAGCUCAUCGUGUUCUACCGAGAAGAACGAGGACCAGUGUGAUCCGAGAGAGAAGGAUGGCUUUGGGGUAGUUCUGGAAGCUUUGAUCUCCCUCCGCUCUAACCAAAACUUUGACGUGGCUCACGAUAUGAUUUGUUCAUCACUAGCCAAUGUCACAAGAUCAGCUCCACUUGCAAGCGUUCAAGUCAUCGUUCAAUUCAUUCGCGCCAACUUUCACUCGCUGUCAAAUCUCUUGGUCAAGCAGGCAUCCGGUCAAGAUCAUGACAUCAUUCAUUUGAGCUCGCGAAUUACAUCUUCCCUUGAUAUGAUUAUCGACAUCAUGCUUCAUCAAACUCACCCGACUCACUUUUAUCAAUCCUGCUUCAAUUUCGUCGACUUGAACGAAUUUCAAAACUUGCUUACGUCCACCCUGUGUCGCGUGCAUCUCGUGAUUCCCAAAAUUCUUGAUUAUCAGCCCGAUCAAGCUUUCCCAUCAGGAAACUCUUCCUUACUCGAUCAUCCUCGUCGACAAUCGAAGUCUCAUCAAAGAAGUCCUGAACCGCUGCCCAGCACAUUCCCCAGCCUGUCUGUCAAGAAUAUUUUCGAUCACAAAUCCAUCAAAGCCCUCGAGGAGCUAGUCCGUGCAAUCUCUCGACUCGUAUUACAUCUGUCCUAUUUGACGUCCUGGUCUUCGAUCAAAAUUUCAGAAAUUGUCUAUCUCGAUCAACUGUUGCAAUUGACAAGCACUACAAAAGGCGCAAAACCUUCAGACGUCCAACAAAGCUGCUUACAACUGAAUGCUCUAUGGGCUCUUGGUGAAUCAAUCAGGGCUUCAAAAUCAAUCUCCACCGAUGAUCGAUAUCGUGCCAGAUUUGGUAAGAUUGAAAUCUUUUGUCUACAAGGGUUGGAAAAAUUGCUCGAAAUCUCGGAAAGCUAUCGAGUCGAAGGAGGCCAGACUACAGAAGAAGCAAACCAUUUAUCUUCAGAGAUGACAACUAUAAACCAAGCUCUAGAUAAUCUGACAGUGACGAGUUACUUGAAAGGCAACGAUCAGCUAUUAGAGCUUGAACGUCUCAAACCUACUACUUUAUCACGGGGAUCGGACGAGUUGAUUGCGAAUGAGAACUUUCAAGCUUUGAGGACCUCUUUAAUCCUUCGACUGAUCGCGUCUUUGGCCUAUGUUUUCGAAGGAAGUUUCCAGACGAACCUGUCCUGGGUCUUGUACUACGUUCUAGCCCAAUUGGGGUCUCCGAAUCCAUACGUUUACCAACAUGCGAUGGCCACCGUCAGCGAGCUUGCUUUCUACUGUGGCUACGCCUCGAUAGCUAACAUGCUUGAAGACAACUCAGAUUAUCUCACGCACAUGGUUUCAAAUAAACUAUUACCGCAUCAAUACGACAUACAGGCUCCUUUUGUGUUGGAACAUCUCAUCAGGCUCGUUGGAUUGCGCGCUAUGCUCCCGCUGGUAGAGCAGAUUCUCCUCCAUGACUUCUUCGAGCUUUUGGAUGACUAUCACGGCUACGACUUGAUGUGUGAACAGAUCACUGGUGUUUUCCGUUGUGUGAUGAGCUUGAUGAAUAAGGAGAUAGCUUUUGAGCAAGCCCAACGCAAAGUUGAUGCUCCGACCGGAGGAGAUAAUGGCGCUACCAAUCCUGAAAACACUUGUAAAUCUGAUAACCGAAUCGAUGAAAUUUUUGAGAUCGAGCAACAACUUGCGAGUGUUCGCCGGGCCCUCGCUGGGCCUCCUACGGACAUGUCAACUGAUCUCGAACGAUUCAAAACCCUCCAAGCGGCUCGAGCGAAAUGGCGCGAUUUCCGGAGAGCCCCUCCUGUCAGUCCACCGGAGAAGAAUCCACAGCGACCAUUUGGAGAGAUAGACGAGCACGCCUCGGUGGCCGAAUCGGUACCGGAUGGGAAUGAAAAGGAGUGCCCUCCGCCGCCGCUGACCGGCUACCAAAGAAUUGCGGCCGAGCUGAUGAGCAAAUCUGCGAAUUUUCUCACCCAUUCAUCGACCAAUGUCCGACUGAAUGUCAGUCUGCUGAUCAAUGAUGCGAUUCCGAUCCUCGGAUCCACCUCCCUCAACCCCCACGAAUCAUCUCUCUUACCCGUCAUCCAACGGUUCUGGACAAUCAUUCUUAGUCGGUUGGAUGACGACCGAACGGCGAUCGAGACCUUGAACUUGCUCCAGAGUCUGUGUCAACACGUGGGCGCAUUUAUGAGCAGACGAUUAGUCAACGAGAUAUGGCCCAGGAUCCGCCGUUUGAUCGAGUCCACAGAGACGCCGGGACGGGUCCGGCAGGCGGCCAUCGAUGCCCUUGCCGCGAUAGUCUCCUCUGCCGACCACAUCAACUGGAAGGAAGACUUCGUCUGGGAAAUCAUCCAGUCUCUCUUCACUCUUCAAGCCCGAUCCAAGUCAAAAUCGAUCCAAGCUGUCGACCGGAUCCUCGAUCGGCUGUCUGAUAAAGGAUUCCGUGGCUCUGUUCUCGUUGCUCGGCGUGCUGCUCUCGGUCUCAUUGUCGGCAUGGAGUUCAUGGCCCCUAAAUCAGAUUGA